UUUUAUUAAAAAUGGGCUUUAUGUUAUUUCCAUUAUUUUGGGUUUAUAUCCCAUAACAGUGGGAAAGGACAAUUUGACCCCAGACAAAUCUUGUAUUAUUUUGCUAAAUCAUCAGAGCUUUAUUGAUGUUUUUGCAUUAAAAGACAUAUGGCAUGAUAAAUGCGUAUUUAUAGCAAAGGUUGAAUUACUCUAUGCUUUUCCUUUGGGACUGAUUGCGUGGCUGUGUCGAACGAUAUUCAUAAAUCGCUCCGAUCGAAAUUCUUCAAUUAAAGAGCUUCAUAACGCUGCUUUUCUUGCCAAACAAGAGAAUCUUUCUAUUGUUAUUUUUCCCGAAGGUACAAGAAAUGAUUGUGGACGAUUGCUAAAUUUCAAAAAGGGAGCAUUUCAUUUAGCAAUAGAGACUCAAGUUAAUAAAAUUUUAAAGUUGCCAAUUCAACCCGUUGUGGUCGCGCCUUAUCAUAACUUUUUAAACCAUAAGCUAAAAAUAUUUGAACCGGGUAUGUUAAAUUAUUCUCUACCCUAUAUCUUCAUCAAUUAUUAUAUUGCCCAUAAUGGAUUCGAUUGUAUAAAUUACUCUAAGGAUUUUAUCAUACAAAUAAUAAUUUGUUGUACAGAAUAG